AUGCCCAACGGGUUCAGUGUAAAUCGUAGGACGAUCGACGUCGAGGCCGGCCAGCUUCCGCCACCCGCAACCAAGCUCAUCAUCACUCAGAUUCUCCAGGCCAGUCAGGACCCUCCAUACUGGGCGUGGAUCAUCGUGGGGGCGUUUUACGACAGCGAAGGCCGCACCCUUUGGAGCACAGAGCUGUUUGCCGCUCACCUUGACAUUCAGUUUGAGUCGGACGAGGCGCAAGUCUCCGCGGCGGAGGAGGCGGAGACGGGAACUGCGCUUGAACCUGAACCGGAUCGUUUCGUUCCGUUUCCUUUUUACACGCUCUCGCCAACCAUGUCUGGCGGAUGGAACCCGCUGACCGGCCGCGACUCCGGCUCCGGCCGGCCGGCCUUUGCUCCGUACGGAGCCCCUCAAGUAGCCCAAGGCCAAGCAUACAUUCCUCAUGCUGGCGGACCUGGCUACACCUAUGGUACAGUGCCUCAGACCAGCGCGUGGCCUCACUCGGCUUACGGAUACUACCCUCUAGGCGCCGCUCAGGGCGUUCCCCAAUAUGCCGCGCCCAGCGCCGGCUACCCCCCUUACCAAGGACCUGCUGCGGGCUUCUACACGCAGCAGAGCUUCGCCUACCAGCCCAACGGCACGGGCAACAUGCUCCCCCGCCAGCCCCAGCCGUACCCCAACAUAGACCCCACCAUGCCGGCCGCCCAGAUGACCAACACGACGGGCGGCACGGGCUGCGAGCCGGGCUACAACUACUUCUUCCCGGCGGAGCACACCAAGGCGCACGUCUUCAAGACGAACACGCCGCCGUGGCAGCUGCCGUCGACGGCCCAGAUCCCCUUCAAGGCGGCGCACAUACCGUGCAACACGACCAUGGCGGAGCUGCUCAAGGGCUUCGGGUGCACCAACGCGACGCCCAAGAAGAACCGGUGCUUCGAGGUCGUCAGCGGCGGCGGCGGCAAGUGGUACAAGGGGCUCGAGGUCAACGGCGCGGACAAGGACAUGCUGAGGAAGACGAUCAAGGACGUGGGAUGGGACUCGACGAGGACGGGGAAUCCGAAUGAGAAGCCCGUGGUGUGUUUGUGGUUUUGCAGGGACUGA